GUCUGGGGGGUGCUCCUUCUGCUUAUUGGCUUUUUCGUGAAGUUCAAAUUUGGAACAGUCCUCUCUGACUUGAUGGGAGACGUUGACGAAGUCGUCAAGAUCAAGUCGGCACAGAACCCCAAUGGCCAAACCAUUAUUCCCAUCUCUAGCACUAUCGACGAUGAUGUAAAUUUCGGGAAAUGGCCAGGCGUUAUUGCUGCCAUCGUUAUAUUGGUGGCCCUGCUGAUUAUUCUGUUCUCCUCCCUGGGAAUAUACGGUGGGCUGAAACACAGCAAGUUUAUUCUCUAUAUAAGCAUUGUCUUCCUCAUAAUCGCAUCAAUUUUCCUUGUGUUGUUGGUCACGAUCGCUAUCGAUGGUGGGAAUUCAUUCCACGAAGAUGCCAAAAACGAAGUUGCCCAACUUGUGAAAUCAAAGUACAAAAUCGAGACCUCAGAUGAUGCUUUUAUUAUGGCUAUGAACCGCAUUAUGAUUUGGUUUGCAUGUUGUGGCGCUAAAAGCUAUGACGAAUUUAGCAAUCUGACAUUUUCGGAACAAAAUGAGGCCAACAUCCCAGCGAACGUCGUGUUUAAGGUGUCGCCCGCCUGUUGUAUUCGAGAGUUCUACAAAGAACAAGCAUCCGGUGUUACACCGUUCCAAAAGCUCAAGGAAUGCGCAGUGAAAGGCCCUGACGUCAAACGGAACCUUAAUUUAAAGGGCUGCUACGAUGCAGUAUUUGAUUACGUCUCCACACCAGCUACAGUGGUUCUCCUGCUCAUUUUUGUUUGGAAUAUUCUGGUACUCCUUCUGGCCAUACUGGCAAUUAUGGAGAUUAAGCCAGAGGAGGAAGGCCGCGAGUCUGUCCAGGAAGCAGGAAAAAAGGAGGAAAUGGAGGAAGCUCCUCCGGCGAAGAAGUUCGUUCCGUACGCCAAGAUCAGCUCUUUCGUUCACCCAGAUCUCAGCCGCAUUAAGUCCACUGAAAUUUGGUAA